AUGCGUUCCUCUCUCUACGUGCUGUUGAGCACUGCGCUCACUGCCUUUGCCGUCCCGCCUCUCCCUAGCUAUGUCGGCGUUGACCCGGCCAACUCCAAUGCCACCAAGGUCCCCGGCACCCUCGCGCACUUUGACCAGUUAAUCGAUCAUGCGAACCCUUCGUUGGGCACAUUCAAGCAGCGCUACUGGUGGUACACCGACUACUACAAGGGCCCCGGCUCGCCGGUCAUCAUGAUGACUCCCGGCGAGAUCUCCGCCGACGGCUACCAGGGCUACCUGACCAACCAGACUCUCAACGGCCUCGUCGCCCAGGAAGUCGGCGCCGCCACCAUCCUGCUCGAGCACAGGUAUUGGGGCACUUCCUCCCCCUACACCUACCUCUCCACCGCCAACAUGUCCUACCUCACCCUCGAGAACAACAUCCAGGAUCUCACCUACUUUGCCAACAACGUGAAGCUGCCCUUUGCGAAGUCGGCCACGAACGCCAAGGAUGUCCCCUGGGUCCUCAUCGGUGGUUCGUACUCCGGCGCUCUCACCGCCUGGACUUUCGACUUGGCCCCCGGCACUUUCUGGACUGGCCUUGCCACCAGCGGGCCCGUCCAGGCCAUCUCCAACUUCUGGGAGUACUUUACCCCCGUCCAGGCGGGUAUGCCGCAGAACUGCAGCACCGAUGUCAACCUUGUUCUCGACCACAUUGACUCGGUCUUCGCGAAAGGAUCCGCAAGCGAGGUCACCGCCUUGAAGAAGUCCUUCGGCCUCGAGGCCAUCGAGCACCCCGGUGACUUUGGCGCGGCCAUCGAAAAUGGCCCGUGGCUCUGGCAAGAACGCCAAUUCUUCCUGCCCUCCGCCUUCUUCACCUUCUGCGACUACGUCGAGAAUGCCGAGAACACCACAAACACCACGAGCCCCUCUCAGUUGCCGGGCGCCGGCGGUGUCGGUCUGAGCAAGGCCCUCGCCGGUUACGCCAAGUGGUUCAGCGAGGUGUACCUUCCGGGCUCCUGCGCCGCCUACAACUACCCGGUGUGGAGCUCCAACAGCAGCGUGGGUUGCUACAACACCUACAAUGCCGACAGCCCCUUCUACACCGACCGCACCCUCAACAAUACCAUUGACCUCCAAUGGUACUGGAUGCUCUGCAACCAGCCUUUCGGCUACUGGCAAGACGGCGCGCCCGCUGGCCAACCCACCCUCGCCUCCCGCUACGUCACCGCUCAGUACUCCACCCGCCAGUGCGAGCUCUUCUUCCCCAAGGGCCCGCAAGGCCAGACCUACGGCAUCGCCGAGGGUCGCACAGAGACAGAGGUCAACACUUGGACAGGAGGAUGGGAGAUCACCAAUGUUACAAGAUUGGUCUACACGAACGGCCAAUUCGACCCGUGGCGUGAUGCCACCGUCUCCUCGACUUACCGCCCCGGCGGCCCGCUUCAGAGCACCGCCAGACUCCCCGUGAACAUGGUUCCCGACGGUGGACACUGCACAGAUCUCCUCACGCAGAACGGCCUGGCCAAUCCCGGUGUCAAGGCUGUGCAAGACGCGGAGAUUUCGCAGCUCGUUGGCUUCCUCAAGGAGUGGCCUGGCUCCAACAACGGAGGCUGGGGUGGCUCCAACGGCGGAGGCUGGUAA